AUGUCGCUCGACCCGCCCACCUACCUCUCCUCCCUCCAAAACAACAUCCGUGCUCGGCCUAUCCCAUGGGAUGGUGCAGUGCGGGCUGGAAACAUCACCGAUGAGCAUUUGCGGAAAAUCAAAGCUGUUGACAAGGUCCGGAAACAAGACCGCAAGCAGACUGUUGAGGCCGAUGUGAAUGGAUAUACAGCACUUCUUGCCGGUAGUCCUAGUGAGAAGAGCGUCCUGGAGUCGGCGUCCAAGCGCCAUGAUAUAGUGCAGUACAUCUUGGUUCUAGCUGCUGAUCUCAUCAAUGACGCCCCUGCUCUUGCCUCGGCGCUCGUGUCGCAUCCCAAGCCCUUCGCGGCGUUUCUACCGCUCCUUCGGCACUCCAAUAACCCUGAAGACCCCAUCCCUCUUCUUACAUCCUCAUUCCUAACGAACUUAGUAUCAACUGCGCUUACUUCGUCAUCUCAAACGUCCGUGUCGGAAGAGGAGGCUCUCCCACAACUAUAUUCAUACUUGGCAACUUUGACCAGGAACCAAGAUAGCGGACUCCAAGACAUCGGAGUGCAGGGGUUCUCGGCCUUGCUGCGCAACAAAUCAUCUAGAGAGAUAUUCUGGCAACAGCGUAAAGAGACAGUUGAUGCGCUGGUGGAGAUACUUCGCACGGCUGCUGGAGGGAAAGAUAAUGGGUCAACAACCUUGGCCGCCUCUAUCGCCACUAGUAGCGCUCGCAACGCCGACAUCAGCAUCGGCGGUGGAGUGGGGCUACAGCUUCUAUACCAUGUGCUUUUAGUGAUUUGGCAGCUCAGCUUUGAAGGCAGUCUUGUUGGGGAGGAAUUGCAGUCGGAGCACGAUAUCAUUGAAUUAUACACGCAAUUACUGCGGCUGUCACCAAAGGAGAAGACGACGCGUCUUCUCCUUGCCACACUAAAUAACCUUCUCGUCACGAAUCGCACUACGCUCUUGCCCGUAGCGGUGUUUGUUCGACUGCCUGCAUUACUUUCAAACCUCAGCGGCCGUCAUCUUACCGAUCCUGACCUCCUCGAGGACCUAGGUUCCUUGUCAGAGUUGUUGGAAGAGUACACUAAAACACAAACUACGUUUGAUGAAUACGCCGCCGAGCUCCAAUCUGGCCACCUGCGCUGGUCUCCGCCUCACCGCAACCCGACAUUUUGGCGCGAGAAUGCGCGCCGCAUCCUUGAAGAAGAGCGGGGCGCCUUGCCUAAGAAAUUAACCGAGAUCAUUUCGAAGAGCUGGGAAAACGACAAGCAAGUUCUUGCAAUUGCAUGCAACGAUGUCGGCAACCUUGUCAAGGAGGUCCCCGAGCGUCGCACGCAGCUGGAGAAACUGGGGCUGAAGGCUAGAGUCAUGGAGCUGAUGAGCGAUCGCGACGAGUCGCAUUCGUUGAUAUUCGAGUCCUCUGUUCAUGAUAGGCAUACUGCGACUGAAGCAUGUCUCGGUCUUUUACGGGCUGCAAGCGGUGCAAAGCAAGGAGGCAAAAAUGCGACGAGCAACGUCCUGAAUAAUAGUUCGCCUUCAGAGCAGCCCAUGACCGCUACCUCGUCGCGCUCCUCUUCAUCCUCUCCCGAUAUGCCAAUAGCUCGAGAAAUUGAUCCACUUUCGUCACUAUCGCAAAGCCAAAAAGCUCUUCUGCGUCAUUUUAUCCGUGAUGCAUCACAUGUCACAUCAUGUCACGCCGGAAUGCAACAGGAGAUCUGUCAAAUGAUUGUCCCAAUGGCCUUGCAGACGCCGUCUCUUCUAUAUGCAACCAUGGCACUAUCCGCCAUUCAUCUGGAGGCGUUGAAUAAUCAUUCGGGAACCGUCAAGGCAGCGCCAGAUAUCGCGAGGCUGAUGGCUCGGAGCCUGGAGCAUUUCCGACUGGAACUUCAAGACCCCACACGAAAGGGAUCCGAUGCGCUUUUGGCUACGGCACGAACGCUGUGCCUGGCAGAAAUACAUUCCGGCGCCGUUCAGCCUAACACGUGGAGAGUGCAUGUUGAAGGGGCAAAGGCUUUAAUGAGUACAACACAGUCACCGCAAACGCCGGUGACGGCUUUCCGCAAGUACCUCGAUCGCUGGUAUCGAUCGAUCGUUGCUCUUACAGCGCUGAAUGCCAAUGGGCCUCCUAUCGGCGAAGCAUAUACUCGUACAGAAUUCACAUCGGAUGGGCCGGAUUAUUUGGAUGACUACUGGGGGUUCACCGUGCAUUUGGCGGAGAUUUUUCGGGAGAUUGGUACCAUGGCCUGGCAGCGGCAUCGAGAUACAGAUAGACUGCAAAUGUUGAAAAUUGAUCACGACUCGGACUUCGAGGAACAAGCAGCAAGGUUGGAAAAGUCUGUUCUUGGCUUGAUAGACCGGUAUACUGCGCAGCAUGACCAACUCUUGUUUUAUCCGGGAGUCAAGGAAACGCUUUCGGACGACUCAAUCCGAGAAUUUAUGCUGUGCAACGAAGCUUUCCAACACACUGCGCUGAUUCAUAUCCACCGGCGUGUGCGCAAAGUGCCGGCCUCGUCGGCGGAGGUGCAGCACUCGGUGAAACGGAUUCUGGCAUGCACAUCGCCAAUAGUCCCUCGCAGCGGAUUGAGUCCCUGGGUCAUGCUUACGACGCCAUUGUUCACGGGCGGCUGUGAGGCUUUGGGCGAGGAUCGCGAGGCGUUUAGGCAGCUGUUCACUUUGUUGCACGAGACGACCCGCAUCCCGAACGUUUUGCAGUCGCUGAAGUUUCUGGAAGUCUACUGGGCUUAUGAAAGCCAAAACGAGAAUGAGGACUGGAGUCAUUUCCUUGACUAG